AUGAACAACAACAAGAACCGUGCUCUUAUCCAAAAACUCUCCCUCACCUUUGUGGAUCCUCGAGAUGGUUCCAAGGUGAUUAUUGGGGUUCAAGCCAAGAUUCCUGAAGGUACUGGACCGCUCCGAGUCGAACUCAUUCCUGUUUUGGGCUCUUUCGAUGAGGAAGCUGUUGGCUUUGCUCCUAUCCUUAACCAAGUGCGUGACACCACUUUGCCUCGCAUUCCUUGCCCUCCCCUUGUCGACUUGACCAGCAAGGAGCAAGAUGAACCUGUCGACUUGACCAACGAGCAAGAUGAAGAAACGAGUGUCGAAUCGGAGACCAAGUCGGAGACUAAGUCGGAUGAAGUGCCUUCCGAGGACGAGGAAGAGACAUCCGAAGAGGAAGAGGCAUCCAAAGAGGAGGAGGCAUCCGAAAAGGAAGAGGAUUCUGAUGACAGCGAGGACGAAAGGGCUUUUGCCGAAGCCUUUGCUGACCUUGACGCAGUGGAUGAAGCCAACGCCGUGGACAACAAUGCCCGUCUCCCAACUCGUCGCAACCCUCGUCGCAACCCUCCUCGCCGCAACCGUCGCACUACUCGCGCAGCGGCAUCGGCCAAAUUCGAUGAAGAUGACGAAUUGGAUGUCUUCCCCAUGUCGCAAGAUUUCUUCUGA